AUUUCAAGCUCUACUAUUUUGUAAACGUUUGAGAUUUGUUCAUUGCAGUAGAAACUCAGAGGAGAAUCCGUUUUUUUAGCAGGCUCUGGUUAAGUUUUCAAGAAUCUUCGGUUUGCGAGUUAGUGCAACGGAAAGAAAAUUUUGUAGUUAGUGUUCACUAUCGGCUCUUCCAUCCACCACGAUUCCAGGUCGUGCAUCGUAGUUAUUGUAUCUUGUCUCUUGUAUUUUUUAGUUGGUUCCGUGGUAGUUUCGUGUGUUUCUGGACGUUCGUUAUCUCUUUUUCGAAAUGCGAAAUUGUUAUUUUCCGUUCCGUCUGGUGUAGUGUAUAUGUCUUUACCACUUGGUUGAGAUCUACCGUGCAAAGCGUCACCGACAGACUGAAUAAUUAACAUGGAAAUUAUAUACAAGUAUGUGAAUUUGCCAACUGUGAAUUCUGAAGUUGAAGUAUGUGCAAUUUGAGCUGUUUAUUGACAUAUGAUUAUAAUUUUUUUGAGUUGAUGAUUAUCUGCUCUCUUCUGUAGAUGGUUUGUAAAGUAAUUCAGAUAUUUAGAUCGAUAGGAUCAGUAUGAUAUGGCUUUCUGAGUCAGUAUCCUGUCUGCGACUCUGUAUGGAAUUUAUUUAUGAGAAAGAUUGAAUCAUGGCAUCCUGCUGCGUUUGGUUUGAUAAAAUGACUGCUUGUUUUACUCAUCGUGGUUGGCGUAUUCAUCGACCGAAGGCAUCUGAACUGGAGUGUCAUGCUAUCAAAGCCAGUCUUAAACUUUUGCUACACUCAUUAACUUUUUAGGGAAUUUUUUCUGGGUUGUUUGGGCAAUAAAGUAAAGUCUUUAGAGUUCACAAUAGUGCCUUGGUUUGUAUCAGUCAAAUGUAAACUCUUUAUCAGUGUAUGAUUAUUGAAGCAAAGACUGAAUUCAUGAUGAUUUUUCUGGUUUGACUCGGCUGAUAAUCUUGCCUGUGCAAAUUUUCAAGCUAUGCGCAAAUUUCAAACUGUAAUCUAUGUCUGCUUCACAUUCACCAAAGAUUUCUGGUCCAUUUCUAGAGGCAGUUCAAGUUACUUGUAGCUUAUAGCUAGAGUUUCAGGGGAGCGCACUGUCAAACGAUUGAGGCUGUCAAAGGCUCUCACCAUUCCUGAUGGCACCACUGUGGCGGAUGCCUGUCGUCGUAUGGCCACUCGACGGGUGGACGCAGCCUUGCUUACUGAUUCUAAUGCGCUUCUUUGUGGUAUCAUCACGGAUAAGGAUGUGGCGAUUAGAAUCAUUGCAGAAGGAUUGAAGCCGGAAGAGACAUCUGUAUCAAAAGUGAUGACAAGGAAUCCUACUUUUGUAAUGGGCGACACUCUAGCUGUCGAAGCUCUACAGAAGAUGGUGCAAGGAAGAUUUAGGCACUUGCCUGUGGUGGAGCAUGGGGAGGUUGUUGCACUGUUAGACAUAACGAAGUGUCUGUACGAUGUUAUUGCUCGCAUAGAGCGGGCUGCUGAGAAGGGCAAUGCUCUCGCAGCUGCUGUGGAAUCUGUUGAGCGUGAGUGGAGUGUUAAGGGUUCAGAUGAAUCAAAUUUUAUUCAGAAUUUGCGUGAUCGAAUGUUAAGACCAACUCUACGAUCCUUGAUUGCUGAAGUGGCGAGUGUGCCUACGUGUUCACCAUCUGAAACAGUCACGGUUGCAUCAAAGAAAAUGAAAGAGCAGCAGAUGAAUUCAGUGAUUAUCACUUCGUCCUGCAGCAAACCGAUUGGAAUCCUCACCUCAAAGGAUGUCUUGAUGAGAGUUGUUGCUCAAGGCUUACAUCCUGAGACGACCACUUUGGAUAAGGUCAUGACACCCAAUCCUGAGUGUGCUGGUUUUGAUACCACCCUUGUGGAUGCGCUUCAUAUCAUGCAUGAUGGCAAAUUCCUCCAUCUUCCAGUUACAGAUCAUGAUGGGUUUGUGGUGACAUGCUUGGAUGUCUUACAGCUCACACAUGGAGCUGUAGCGACUGCUAGAGGUGCUGGUAGUGGAGGUCAGGAUAUGGCAACAACGAUGCUACAGAGGUUCUGGGACUCUGCUUUAGCUCUAGAACCAGCUAAAGAGGGUGACGAUUCUCACAUUGAUACCUCUGAACGCCAAUCUGAUGUCUUUUCGGAAAGAAAGUGUGGCUAUCCGACCUUUGGGCCUGGCAAUACAUUCGCUUUCAAAUUGAAAGUAAAUUCUCAUAAUGGAAAGGUUGGCCACUACCGAUUCAACUGUGGUUCUGAGAGUUUGAAAAAUCUCAUGACUAUGAUUGUACAACGUGUUGGUGAUGAUAUAGAUCGAACUCAUCUUCCUCUACUUAUGUAUGUUGAUGAUGAAGGUGAUGAAGUGUUACUUGCCACCGACUCUGAUCUCGUGGCUGCUGUCAAUUUUGCUCGCAUUAGUGGGUGGAAGGCUUUGACACUUCAUCUAGAAGAAAUCCGAAUCAGGAAGGCUAUUUCUGCGAACCGAACUUCAUCAGUGAAGAACAGCAAGGGCUGGUCUACACUACAUGCUUCAUUUUUGGUUUGCACAGUGGCAGUUGCACUCAGUGUGGUCUUUUAUAUCCAUCGUACCAACACUUAGCACCCAAACUGAAGGUUAUGCAGAAUUAGGUUCAUCUGCUCAGAAGAGAGAUAGAAAAGACUUGAGUAUUAGUGUGCAUUUCUACGAGUUUGCAAGAGUACAAUAGAGGUUUAGGUGAGAACUUAAGUUUUGGAUGGGGAAGAAUUUAAUUUUGAUUGUGGAUUAACUUUAACAACAGAUAGCAUCUUCUGUUCCUAGUCUUGGUGAUCUUCCAGGUCAUUACUACCAUGGCUCAUAGACCACAAACCAAUAGUCAAAAGAGUAACUUGGACACAAACAAUCUUUUGACUAUUGGUUUAUAUAACCAGAAGUCAAAAGUACUUGUUUGCACAACCAGAAGUACAUGAGGUCUACUUUCUAUUCUAAUCACAAGUUCACCAAUUUUUUUUUA